GACUGAGAAUCUUCAUCUUCUGAAUUGUGUUCAUUGGAAUGUCAAAUCAAGGUUUCUAAAUAGAAAACCUGCAGCCAAUGUGUCAGAACAAGUUUCUGGGCGGUUCUUCUCUAACGUUCCAGCAGUGUUUCUGUGGAAGGAGCCUGGCAGAGCUCCAGUUUCCUGCAUAGCAAGUUUUCCCUCUGAGCGAAGAGAAAGCAUUCUGCUUCUCUUCGAGCAGGAGUCAACACACCGCUGAGUCCCAUCUGAACAACGCUGUAGGUCAAGAUGUAUUCUGAGGAGAAUCUCAGCGAUUUCCUGGAUGAGUUGACUGAUGAUGAAUUCCGCAAAUUCAAAUGGCACCUGAAGAAGGAGACCUGGAAGGGAAUAACCCCCAUCAAACAAGCGCUUCUGGACAAGUCCGACCGACUGGAUACUGUGGACCUGAUGGCGCAGAAGUACCAGCUGAGUGGAGCUGCCACGGUCAUGGGAAUCAUUUUACAAAAGAUGAGCAGGAAUGACCUGGUGUCAAAAAUCCAGAAGCUGACAGGCAUAGCUGAAGGUCCUGUAGACCAAAGUCCAGCGGCGUCUUCAGACUCAGAAGACUGGAAGGAAAAGCUGACCUCAGUUCGGGGAGACUUUGUGAGCAAAGUCUCGAAAGCAACUCUGGACCAGCUGCAGGACAAGUUGCUCGAGAAAAAGGUUCUGACGGACAAUGAGAUGGAAGUUGGUAACAUGGGCAAGACAGAUAAGGCUCGAUAUGUGAUCGACAUCGUGAGAAACAAGGGCCAGAAGGCCAGCUCCACUAUGAUCGCCGCUCUGUGUGACCUAGAUUCAUGUCUGGCAGAGGAGCUGAAGCUCAAGUAGAACUGGGAAGCCCCAGUGACCCAAACCCAGUAGUUCCCAGAACCCAUUUCUAAGAAAUCCUCUGCUUAGGAGAACCCAGCCCAACAAAACCCUUGAUCCUGUUUCCAAUUUCCCGUAUAAUGAUUCAAAGCAUAAAGCAACUCUUGCAACCAGUCCAGGGUCCGGUAUCAGUCCAGGGUCUGGUAUCAGUCCAGGGUCCGAUAUCAGUCCAGGGUCCGGUAUCAGUCCAGGGUCCAGUAUCAGUCCAGAGUCUGGUAUCAGUCCAGGGUCCGGUAUCAGUCCAGGGUCCGGUAUCAGUCCAGAGUCCGGUAUCAGUCCAGAGUCCGGUAUCAGUCCAGGGUCCGGUAUCAGUCCAGGGUCAGGUAUCAGUCCAGGGUCCGGUAUCAGUCCAGGGUCCGGUACCAGUCCAGAGUCCGGUAUCAGUCCAGGGUCAGGUAUCAGUCCAGAGUCCGGUAUCAGUCCGGGGUCGGUACAGUUUCAUUAUCCCUGCAGUCCAAUAGAAGCAUGAAGCUGAAGAACCUCCAACCCAGCUCUGCCAAGCAACAGAGCUGGGUAGAUUCUGAUUGGAUAGAAAUGGCCCCUUUUAUCUCAUCACCUUCUCACCUUUUUGUUUCUGUUUGAUUAUUAGUUUCUGAAUGAAUAUAAAAUUAUUUACACUUUUAUCAGCUCCAUCAGAAUCGGUCCCCCUUAGCACCUUGUGGGUCCAAGACAGUGUGAGGAUGAUGAAGCUUCUGCUUCAUCUUCUGUGUUCAGCUAACAUUAGAGAACAGCUGGAACCUAACAAGGUUCUGUUCGUCCAACAGGUCCGGUCCAACUGAUGGUUCUGUUUCAUUGUCUGACUCCACAGCUCAUUCCUGAUUCCAAUAAACCUUCAUCUGACCAAA